AAUCCGCAUUCAAUUGACAUUUCUCUCCGUCCAGCUAAUUUAUUUUCAAUUUAGUCUGGUUUACGUAUUUUACUUUGCAUCCGUCGCUGCAGAGUUUUAGGCCGUGAAAAUUUGUGCGUGAUUACUUCCACUAGUGUGCAUUUUUCCUUUUCGUUGCCGCAUAACAUAAUCAACUGAAAAUUCGCACAGAAACUGUAGAUAGAGAAAAAGUACCGUGAAAUUUUUGGAGCUGCAAGCUGAGAAAACAAGAAGCAAAUUAUGUCAAUAAUUUUUUGACGUUUCAUUUUUUUGCAAUCCAAAACAUUCAAAAAUUAUUCUGAGAAUUGGAGACGAAAACCCGGGAUAGAUUUUACGUACCACGACCAAAGCAGGAAGAGAUAAGUUAGAGUUAAAUAGUGAUCGUAUUCGGAAUUCAGGGAUCCACAGAGAACAAUGUCGACCGUUGGCGAUAACCUUGAAAACGCCAGCCACGAAACUACCAGCGGCACAACCGUUUCGUUCAGCACGACGGUCACAGAAGUCUCGAAUCCAAGCACAGAUAGCAAUGGCAUAAAGGACAGCACACCAGCCUCCACGGUGGUUCCGUCAGCCUCUACAGAAGGAACCGUCGAGGUGACGAGUACAGAUCGGGUACCGGCUUUCAUUCCAGCUCGGUCGCAGCCAUCCGAGGAACGCUGUUGCUGGAUCUGUUUCGCCACCGAGGAGGACAACAAACUGGCGGCCUGGGUGCAACCCUGCCAAUGUCGAGGCACAACAAAGUGGGUUCAUCAGAGCUGCCUGCACCGGUGGAUCGACGAAAAGCAGAAGGGAAACGCGUUGCGGAGUGUGAGCUGCCAACAAUGCCAAACGGAAUACAUCAUCGUGUACCCGCCCAUGGGAAACUUCGCCGUUAUCCUAGAAGGUUUUGAUAACAUCGUCAAGCGAUUGAGUCCGUUCAUCGCGGCCGGGGCAAUUGUGGGGUCGAUUUACUGGACCGCAGUCACCUACGGAGCGGUCACUGUGCUGCAGAUCGUCGGUCACAAAAAGGGACUAGCAUUAAUGGAAAAUGGUGAUCCGUUGGUUCUUUUAAUCGGACUUCCUGCAAUUCCGGUUGGUCUAGUUCUGGGCCGCAUGAUCCGAUGGGAGGAAGCUGUGCUGCGAAUCAUCCGUAACAAGCGAAGUGUUGCCCGAAAAUUCCCAUUAAUGAGUCUGAUAGUUCCAUAUCCCGAUGAGGAAGAAGACGAUCAAAACCAAAAUCAAACAGCGCCAUCAAUGUCGGAUGCACUUUCCGUCACACGAAUCCUGUGCGGUGCUCUUUUGCUGCCAACGAUUUCCUCUCUAGUCGGACGAUUGCUAUUCGAGUCAGUAGAAAACACCCUCCACCGGACACUGCUCGGUGGUCUCACAUUCAUCACGGUGAAGGGAAUUCUGAAAAUCUACCUGAAACAGCAACAAUACAGUCGCAAGCGGGAACGAAAAGUUGUCGAUUACACGCCAUCAAACGUACAACACUACAUUCGGCAUGUACGACAUUCGGGCGGCGGGGCAGAUCGCGACCACGAUAAUUUGGUAAGAGGCAUAAUUCUGGAGGUGGAAGGACAGAUUUUGCAUUAGGAAAAUAAAUCAAGUGAAAUGCUCUCGUUCGGAAGAGGAGGGAAUGUGUUGAGAGACAAAAGUCGAGUUUUUUUUUCUGUUUGUUUGAUUAUUUCAAAUAGUCAAAUGAAUUUUUUACGCUACCUUUGAAAUUGAUGUAGUCAAUAAAUAUAAAUUUUUGUAAAAAGAAAUAUAUCCUCUAGAUAGAAAUUGCGUCUUUGUAUACACAUGAAGUGAUGGAACGUGAUGAAAUCACGACUUGGACUAGAUAUGACUAUUCUUGUAAAUUUACGAAUGUUUCCGACUUCUUCAAUGCAUGCUUUGUGAAUAUAUUGUAUAUAUUGAUAUUAGAAAUAUAGCUAACAACUUUUACAGUCGAUACGUUACGAUCAGGAGACAAAAGAUGUAUUUGAAUAUAUUUUUGAAAAGUGGA